AUGCCACCAAGCCCAGCACCAGUGACAGUCCUCGAACAGUUCCUCGCGAGAGAGCCAGGAACCAUCAUGAUACACCUUCACUGGGUGGACCUGUGUGGUAUCCUCCGGGCACGAGUCUUGACCAAAAGCAGAUGCCAAAAAGUCGCCGCCUCGGGCCAACCUGCGAGGGGCUUGCCUCGACCAUAUCUGGGUCAUACAGACUGCAAUGACAUGCCCGAGUCUUACUUGCCAGCCACGAGGAGUCUGCUGUGCCCAGACUGGACCAGUCUCAGGUGGAUCCGAGAAGGCCACGCCUCGGUGAUGUGCGACGUCAGAGAAGACAACGAAUCUUAUGGCGAUUGUGACCCAGGAGACACAUUUGACCGAUGUUCUCGCUAUGCACUUGGGCGAAUUGUGCGAGCGCUGUAUGCAGAACAUCAGUUGACCGUGAUCAUCGGGAUCGAAAUCGAGUUCUUCCUCGUCGACAAGCCCUCGCCAGGAGAUUGGCCCCGCAUUGAUACGGUACAAGCAUACAACCAUGCUAGUCAAGCUUCCAGUGUACGGGACAAGGCCGAGAUUGUAUUGGUGGCGUGUAUUCAGCACCUGGAGAGGUGUGGGAUAUCGGUGGAACAGUACCAUGCCGAAGGCGGGUCGCAGCAACUCGAAAUCUCCUUGAGCGCCCUAGAGGCUAUCGCAGCGGCGGAUGCUUAUGUUCGUUCGAAGGAGAUCAUAAGCAACGCCGCAUCUUUGCAUGGUCAACUCGCAACAUUCUUGCCGCAGCCGUUCGAAGGCGCACCUACAUCUGGUCUACACGUUCACGCCUCUUUCACGAAAGGAUCGCCUGACAGCCAACAUGCAAACAUACCCCAUUUCAUAGCUGGCGUAUUGGGUCGAUUGCCCUUGCUCUGUGCGUUCGCGAUGCCUAGCGAAGACAGCUACAAGCGUGUAAGCUCCCUUGUCACUGGGACGUGGGUCAGCUGGGGCACGGAGAACAGAGACAACCCUGUUCGGAGGAUCGAGGAUAACCACUGGGAGUUCCGGGCCAUAGACUGUAUGGCUAAUAUAUAUGUUGUGCUUUCAGCUUACCUCGGUGCUGGUCUCCUAGGCUUGCAGGAGGAUGAGCAUCUUCGGUGGGGCGAUAACCGCCACUUCCAGCAUCGCCUGGACGAUGCACAGAGAACGCAGCUCGGGAUUGGUCCAGAACAGCUGCCAACGAGCCUGCAGGAGGCUGCUACACUGCUGCGAAGCGACAUGCGUGGGCUGGAUGCAGUCAUGGGCCCAAAACUUGUUGAUCUGUUCGUCGUUGUGCAAGAGGCUCAACAAGUCUUAGCGAGCAGAAUGUCGGCUGACACUCGCGCCGCGUUGGCUUUUGAUGCAUAUUGA